CCUGACCCGAUCCCCAUUCCCUCACGUUCUUCCGCCUCGACAUGAGUCUCCUUCCAUACAUGGGCGCUUAUGUUGUCGUAUCAUUGGAUCCAGUCAAAAGCGUGGAGCAGAUCGACGACGAUAUUGUUCAAGAGCAAGCUCGGGCGCUUGAAUGUGGAAAAUAUGUGGCGGCGGCAACUUGGGAACUACACCCUUUAGGCGCCUUUACUGCGCAACGGACGCUCAUUUGGGACUUUGUGACGCAAGGCCUUCCUCCCAAAGACCCCGAAACCGGAUUCGAGCCCUACAUGACCGUCCCCAUCCAUCCGAACACCUUGCAUCCGGAGAGCAGACGCCCCGUCGAGACCCUGCCUCCCCUUCCCUGGGAUAACUGCUACCACGCCUCCAUCCACCGGCUGGAUUCGGCGAUGUGCGUGACGAAGGAGAUCGACGCGGACCCCCAGUCCUGCUUCUCGCCGCCUGAAAGCCAGGUCAUUGACGCAUACCUUGAGGCCGAUUUGGGCUAUGCGACGCGCGUGAGGCGCGCGAAGCUCGCGGGUGAGCCGGCGCCGGAGCCGCACUUUGUGUCGGCGAACGUUCUGAGGAUGAUCAGGAUGGCGAAUAAAUGGCGUCGCGAGGAUGGCAAGCCCUGGUGGCUCAUCACUCGGGAGGACGCACAAGCGAAUAUGGCAAGACGUGCGCUAGAGGGAGACUCGACUUGCGAGGAAGACAACGGCGCUGCUUUUCAAGCGCCUGACGACGCUGAACAACCAUCGGAGCCAGCCGCAAAUAUAAUGCCCGAUGAUCUGCCCACCCACGAAGCUGCUUCUGCUUCUCCCCCAGUUCCUAACGCAAAUGCCUCCGCAUCAGCCCCGUCCGAGUCGUCGUAUGAGUCUGACUUCAAAGACGUCGUCGCCGGUAUCCUCCUCGGCAUCAACACCGCGUCUAGCAACCUUCCCUGGCUCUACGUCGAGUCCUACGAUAUCCGCCAAUUUGACGCGCCGCCGGAUCCUACUGGCUUCUUCGAGGAGCUGAAGAAGCUGGAAAAAAUCAAGACAGACUACGUCGAGCGGCAGAAGGCCCGUCUAAAAGAGGUCCAACGACAAGAUGCUGAGUAUAUCGCUUCGAUCGAGGCGCGAGGGAGGGCUGGCAAGCCGCGUCAUCGCAGCCUCCUCGUCAAGAAGCUAUCCUGUCUGCCAUUCGUGAAGUCCGCCAAAUUCUUGCGUGCGCGACUUGCUCGUUCGAUUAGUAUCCCGUCCGAUUCACCUGAGUCUGAGAAGGUGCGGUCAGGCUCUCGGUGGUCGCGCAUAUUGCCCUUGUGUAAAGGUACCUCAAAAAAUGCGGUGCCCACGGUUCUAUGAAUACAUAUGGACGAAUAUCCAAUCCGAAGAAUUACUCAAUGGUCGUGGCCCGUACUCCUUCG